CCCACCCCUCGCCGAUUGGGCGGGGGCAGCGAAGCCCGGGAUUGGUGGAGCCUGCGGGGCGGGCUCUGCGCCCCUGCCUCUGGCGCUCUGCCUCAGCUUCCAGUGCAAGGGCGAGAUGGCGACCGCAGCUUGGCUUCUGGGACGGCGCGUCGCGAAUUGGAGGCUGCGGACUCCGCUGGCGCCGCUCGCCAGCGUCGUGUCACAGCGGGCCCACUCCCUCUUGCCCGUGGACGAUGCGAUCAAUGGGCUAAGCGAGGAGCAGAAGCAGCUUCGUCAGACCAUGGCUAAGUUUCUUCAGGAGCACCUAGCCCCCCAGGCCCAGGAGAUUGAUCAGAGCAAUGAGUUCAAGAACCUUCGAGAGUUUUGGAAGCAGCUGGGAAACCUGGGGGUCUUAGGCAUCACUGCCCCUGCUCAGUAUGGCGGCUCUGGCCUGGGCUACCUGGAACAAGUUCUGGUGAUGGAGGAGAUAUCUCGAGCUUCUGGAGCAGUGGGGCUCAGUUACGGCGCUCACUCCAACCUCUGCGUCAACCAAAUUGUGCGCAAUGGAAAUGAGGCCCAGAAGGAAAAGUACCUCCCCAAGCUGAUCAGCGGCGAGUACAUAGGAGCCCUGGCCAUGAGUGAGCCCAACGCUGGCUCUGAUGUUGUCUCCAUGAAGCUAAAAGCAGAAAAGAAAGGCGAUCACUACAUCCUGAAUGGCAACAAGUUCUGGAUCACCAAUGGCCCCGACGCUGACAUCCUUAUUGUCUAUGCUAAGACUGAUCUGGCUGCUGUGCCAGCCUCUCGAGGCAUCACGGCCUUUAUCGUGGAGAAGGGUAUGCCUGGCUUCAGCACCUCCAAGAAGCUGGACAAGCUGGGGAUGAGGGGCUCUAACACCUGCGAGCUAAUCUUUGAAGACUGCAAGGUUCCCGCUGCCAACAUCCUGGGCCAUCUAGGUAAGGGCGUCUACGUGCUGAUGAGUGGGCUGGACCUGGAACGGCUGGUGCUGGCUGGUGGGCCCCUUGGGCUCAUGCAGGCUGUCCUCGACCACACCAUUCCCUACCUGCACAUGAGGGAAGCCUUUGGCCAGAAGAUUGGCCACUUCCAGCUGAUGCAGGGGAAGAUGGCCGACAUGUACACCCGCCUCAUGGCGUGUCGGCAGUACGUCUACAAUGUUGCCAAGGCCUGUGAUCAGGGCCACUGCACUCCCAAGGACUGCGCAGGGGUGGUUCUUUACUCGGCUGAGUGCGCCACACAGGUAGCUCUGGAUGGCAUUCAGUGUUUUGCACCUCGAGGCCUUUCUUUGGAAGCAGAGAUACAGCGGCUCUCCUGCUGCUCAGCUGCCAAGUGCUCAGGCCUCAGAGCUGGGCCAGCCAGCCAGGCCAGACACGGCAAGAUGUGGGCAGGCAUGGGGUGGAAGGGGCAUUUGUAGCCACACUUUCUGGUCUGAAGAUUCUGUGGGACAUUAAUGAAGGCCAUGGCCAGUGGAGGGCCUAACUGAAAAGUGUUCAGUGGUUUAAAAUGGACUCAGCAGGAAGCCUUCUGGCUCUUCCAGGGCUUGUCGGGAAGGCUUUGGUGACUCUCUAACUUCCGGGCCCUACAUUCCCCUGGGUGGGCACUUGGGGGCAGGCAGGCAGCCACCCCUUUUUUCAGCUACACUUCUAGCAGGGAGCCCAGGACACAAGAAGCAUUGCUCUUCUCCAUGUAUUUGAAUCUGGUAGCCUCUUCUUUCUGGGGGGAAAAAACCUGCCAAAACCUAGCCUCUGUUUCUGCUGAUUUUUAGAGGCAUCCACUCCCAGCAGCUGCUCUGUUCCCCCGGGGCUCCAUUUGUUAGGGCUGAGAUCACGCCAUGUUGGGGUGGAGCUUGGGGAAUAGGCAUCUCAGAACACCUGUGCUACCUGGACUCCACCAUGGGUCAGAGGUCAGUGUGCUUGGGAGGGAUCAGCUCAGCACGGGUCUCUGUGGCAGCACCUCUGAGCCCUUGAGCACUGCUCUGUCCAGUCCUGGCCGGAUGACAGCCCACAGCAAGCAUGGUUGGCGGCUCAACUCCAGCCAAGGCUGCCUGUGUACAUUUCUCUGGACACCCUAUGGCUAUUUCUGUUACAACAGAACAGUGGCUGCUGCCAUUUUGUAUUAAACAUACUGAGAAGCAAACCCAUCUGCUUCUAAACUGAUGUUUUGGGGGAAAAGCAAUCUACUUGCUACUGCCUCCUGUCUGCCUCUAGCCCUAUGUCCUUGGCGAAGGGCUAGUCCGGGUGCUACCCUCCUGCCCUUCAGCCUGCUCACUGGUGAUGUGGGACAAAGAGGUGGCUUCCGCCUUUAGGACAGAAGAGGUUUUAACCUCCCUUUCCCAGAUCGCCCAGAGAGGUUAACAGUCUUGGAGCUAGAAGGAAGCUUAUAAGUUUCUGGACACCAUCUCCAUGGUAUUUAAGAAGAUCAAGACAAUUUGAUUUUCUCAAGGUCAGAACUGAAGCUAGAAUCCAGAUAAGCAGAAAUGAGAAUGCCAGCCUGUCCCCCCCCCCCCCAAGCUACAGUCAAGAGUGGAAUGGGCUUGGGUUGUUCCACGCUAUCUAAAUUCCUUAAAAGAACUCGUUUUCUUGGCUUUCAGCCCAGGGGUGCCUUUCUGACUUUUGGUCCUGGCCUGUAGCCAAGUGCUGUUCCAGCCUGAUGCUUGAGACAGGUGGAGUUAGCGCCUUACCAACCCCAGCCCAGUUCCAUCCUAAGCAGGGGGAGACCCAGGGCUUGGGGCACUGUCCUCUUACGUCCCCACCCUGCCCGUUGUUGUGUUGGAGAUGAAUGUGGCCAGAACACUGGUCUUGCUGGGUUUAAAGUGUAGCUGGAACAGUCUAGAGACCUUCAGAAUGUGACAAAAUGGAAUGUUUCCUCGUCUGUGUGGGUUAAGGAGCCCUGCCACCAACGUGGGGAGAAUGUGAUUGUUCUCCUGAUGCUCUAUGUGAAUUAGAAAAGAAGUGUUUUAAAAUAAAGGCAAAAAUAAAUAAAUAAAA